UCCAAAAAAAAAAAAAAAAAAAAAAAAAAGUUUGCAAAACUUCGUCCUUAGAGUUAGAGGGGAAAGUGUGAAUAUACACUUGUCCUCUUUAAAACAUCUUGCAAAUGGCGGAAGAAAAAGACUCUAUUCCUAUUCCAAUGGCUACGGCAGCAGCAGUUCCGCGCUCUACUCUAUCUCCUCCCGAAAUUGAAAUGCAACUUCACGUAAUCAAUCGUCAAAAACUCGUCAAAUCUCUUCAACAACACCUUGCCGAUUCUGCUCGUCCAAUUCAAGGCAUCGUACUCCUUCAGGGUGGAGAAGAGCAGAAUCGUUAUUGCACCGAUCAUACUGAACUUUUCCGGCAGGAGAGUUAUUUUGCUUACUUAUUUGGAGUUAGGGAGCCCAGUUUCUAUGGAGCUGUUGAUGUUGCCACAGGAAAAUCUAUCUUGUUUGCUCCACGUCUCCCAGCAGAGUAUGCUGUUUGGCUAGGGAAGAUUAAACCAUUGUCGCAUUUUACGGAAAGGUACAAGGUUGACAUGGUCUGUUAUGUGGACAUGAUGGAAGAAGUUUUGCACAGUCUAUACAAGGGAGAAGAUAAAUCUUUGCUGUUUCUGUUGCAUGGGCUUAAUACAGACAGCGGCAAUUUCUCAAAACCAGCAGAUUUUGAGGGGAUUGAGAAUUUCAAAACGGAUCUAAGUACUUUGCAUCCUAUAUUGACCGAGUGCCGUGUUCUAAAGUCAAAGAUGGAGCUUGACAUUAUCCAAUAUGCAAAUGAUAUAAGCUCAGAGGCUCAUGUUGAGGUAAUGAGAAAUACAAAUGUUGGGAUGAAAGAAUACCAAAUGGAAAGCUUGUUCCUUCAUCACACAUAUAUGUAUGGUGGCUGUAGGCACUGCUCAUACACCUGUAUUUGUGCCACAGGUGAUAAUAGUUCUGUUCUUCACUAUGGGCAUGCAGCGGCUCCAAAUGAAAGGACUUUUAUGGAUGGAGAUAUGGCUUUGCUGGACAUGGGAGCUGAAUAUCAUUUUUAUGGUUCUGACAUAACCUGUUCGUUCCCUGUAAAUGGAAAAUUUACUGUUGACCAAUGUCUUAUAUACAAUGCUGUCCUUGAUGCUCACAAUUCUGUCAUAGCGGCAAUGAAACCUGGAGUAAAUUGGGUAAAUAUGCACAAACUUGCUGAGAAAGUCAUACUUGAGGCUUUAAAGAAAGGGAACAUCAUCACUGGUGAUAUCCAGGAUAUGAUGGCUCAAAGGCUGGGAGCUGUUUUUAUGCCUCAUGGUCUUGGUCACUUGUUGGGCAUCGACACCCAUGAUCCAGGAGGCUAUCCUAAGGGACUGGAGCGUCCAAAAGAACCCGGGUUAAGCUCUCUACGUACAGCCCGAGAACUAAAGGAGCACAUGGUAAUUACAGUAGAGCCUGGAUGCUACUUCAUCAGUGCUUUACUGAUUCCAGCAAUGGAAAGUUCAGAAACUUCGAGAUUCUUCAGUGCUGAUGCAAUAAGGAGAUUUAUGGACUUUGGUGGUGUUCGAAUUGAAAGUGAUGUGUACGUCACCUCAACCGGCUGCAAGAACAUGACCAAUGUUCCGCGUGAGACAUGGGAGAUUGAAGCUGUCAUGGCAGGGGCGAAAUGGCCAAUAGAAAAAGGUCUUGAUCAUUCACAGAAUGGAAUUGGUAAGUUUCAUUCGUGAAGGGAUGCUGAACUUUGCCGACACAUACGAAGAAGAUAAACGUUUCAAGUUUAGUCUGCAGAUAGAUCCUGAAACCUGCAAAUGUAGAAUGACAUAAUGUGCUUUACAGCUAGCAGAUUGUGUUAGUUUGGAUUGUAAUCGAAAUAAAGUUUCCCAAAUCCUAAUUGGUUGAGAAGUGUAAUACAGAUUCUAGAGAAUGCAACUUCCCUAUUGUAUUAAAGUUCUAUUAGGAGUUUUUAUGAUAUUAUCUAGUUCAAAAUUCUUGUAGCAAACAUAUACAUGUCAAUUAUCAUUCGCGCGUAAACAAGUUGCUAUUGGUUUUACACUUUUA